AUGACUCGUGCUACUCGCUACGCCCGUCGCAAGCUCGAUGGUCUCUACACGAAGCUGGUUACCUACAGGGAGUCUGUUGUUGAGGGCGGACAUGUUGAUUUGUCACAGCAUGUCGAUGACAUUGUCCACCAGACUCAGUUUAACUUCAAGGAGCCGCUGGCGGUCCUCCAAACUACGAACCCGCCGUUUCUUUUCCGGCCCAUGUCCCAAGAACUUCUGGAAAUGAAUCCCACCGAAGCCAGCCUCCAGUUUCAGUUCUUUGACUACACACCUGGUAAUGUGGAAACGAUGACUUCGCGCAAUACUGCACGCACCCAACAGACGUGCAACCUCAUUCACACGCAGGCGAGAGACUUCCGCCUGCAAGCGCGGGGAAUGUCAUACUUAACAUACCCUGAUCUCUUCUUCCUAGAUGAUCGAGGGUUUGACCAAUACUAUCCACCGGACCCAAUCCUGCAGAAGGGUUGUGCCUAUCACUUCUUUGAAACGGUGUCAGACAAUACUGUUCUAUAUCCUCACAUUACAAUUAUCAGAGGAGAGCCUAAGAAUGGCCAAGAGGACAAGAUACUAUACGGGGAGCUUGCAACCCUGAUUACAGCGAUGAGAAAUCGCGCAAAUCAACGUAAAGUACAGUCAAGCGAGGAGCGCAAUGCCCUUCUUUCAGCGGACAAGGACCCAGCAGAGUUUCCCUUCUUAUUUCCGGAUGAAGAGCAUUUUCCUGUGCUUCUCAUCUCCUGCGUCGGGCCUCAACAUGCAAGAAUAUUCUACGCAUGCAUGGACGAGCGUAAGCUACACAUCCGACAGUCAAGGCUUUUUAGCUUCGAGCAAAGAUCAACUGCGCCUGUGUCCUUUUUCGGCAGCAUGCUCUUGAAUCGUGCUGUCAUGCAGGUGUCGGAAGAUGAGCUUGCCGAGGAUGACGAAGUGGAAAAGGGUUCUCCCCAGACCACUACUCCACCAUAA